AUGGCAGACUUCGAUUUGGGGUCCAGUUUCAUCGCAGCCUUGCACAAGCCUUCUGCACUACUUCCGAUUGCCAAGCAUCGAGAAGCAUUAUUGUAUUUGAUUGAGACAAAUCCAGUGACCAUUGUUGUUGGUCAGACGGGAUCUGGGAAGACGACGCAGAUACCCCAGUUCCUUGAACAGGCCGGUUGGUGUGGCGAUGGGAAGAUCAUCGCCGUCACGCAGCCACGGCGUGUGGCCGCUACUACGGUUGCUGUGAGAGUUGCCGAAGAGUAUGGCUGCGAACUUGGCAAGGAGGUCGGCUAUUCUAUCAGAUUCGAGGAUGUUACCUCUGCUGCGACACGCAUCAAAUUCUUGACUGAUGGCUUACUCAUUCGGGAAGCUUUGGUGGAUCCGUUAUUGUCACGAUAUUCUAUCAUCAUGGUCGAUGAAGCCCACGAGAGGUCGAUAUCUACUGAUAUUCUUCUUGGUCUCCUAAAGAAGAUCAUGAAACGAAGACCUGAAUUGCGUGUAAUCAUCAGUAGUGCUACCCUCCAGGCAGAAGACUUUCUAAAGUUCUUCUCUCCGCAGUCAGAUGAUCAACCCUCGGAUCAGAAUGGCAAGGGUCAGACAGGCUCUAUCAUUAGUCUCGAGGGGAGGACAUACCCUAUUGAUGUUCUGUACUUGGAGAUUCCAACUGAGGACUAUGUUGAGAAGGCUGUAUCAACCGUCUUUGAAAUUCACACAAAAGAGGGGGACGGCGACAUAUUAGUGUUUCUUACUGGCCGCGAAGAAAUUGAUAAUGCCAUCCAAGCAAUCUCAGAACGCAUCGACCAGCUCCACCCGAGGGCUCAGUCCAUUUUGGCCUUGCCGCUAUAUGCUGGGCUCUCGACAGAACAACAGAUGUACGUUUUCGAAGAAGCUCCUGAGAACACAAGAAAAGUCAUAUUGUCCACCAACAUUGCGGAAGCGUCCGUCACCAUUGACGGUAUCGUCUAUGUUGUUGACUCGGGCUUUGUGAAGCUUCGGGCUUUCGACCCUAGAACGGGCAUUGAGUCAUUGACGGCCACUCCUGUUUCUAAAGCUGCGGCCUCGCAGCGUGCUGGAAGGGCCGGCAGAACUCGGCCGGGGAAAUGCUUUCGUCUUUACACUGAAGACAACUUCCAAGCACUGCCUGAUGCGAAUGUGCCAGAGAUUCAGAGGACAAACCUGGCGCCAUUCGUCCUUCAGCUGAAAGCUUUGGGUAUAGAUAACGUGGUGCGGUUCAACUAUCUAACACCACCACCAGCAGAACUGUUGAUCAAAGCGACGGAGCUUCUCUUCUCACUAAGGGCCUUAGAUGAGUAUGCAAAACUUACGCGCCCGCUUGGAACGCGGAUGGUAGAGCUUUCUGUUGAGCCUAUGAUGGCAAAAACGCUGCUUACAGCAUCUUCCUUCGGAUGCCUCAGCGAAAUUCUUACAAUUGCAGCGAUGACGAGCUUGGGGGGUUCGGUCUGGAUUCAGAGAGAUGGAGAAAAGAAGCAGAUGGAGUCAGCUCGGAGGAAAUUCGCUGCCGAUGAGGGUGAUCAUUUGACACUUCUCAACGUUUACCAGACCUUUGUGACCAAGGGCAAAAAAGAGGCCAGAUUCUGUCACGACAACCAUAUCAAUUUCAAAGCCAUGACGCGCGCAGUAAGCAUACGGGGUCAGCUCAAGCGAUAUCUCGAGAGAUUCGGAAUCGCCGUGGACGAAAGCCUCAGCGCCUCGUCCGCGGCCGCGGGCAAGGGGGAAAGCAUUCGCAGAUGCUUGACCACGGGCUACUUUGCCCACGCCGCCAAGAUGCAGUUCGACGGCACCUUUCGCAACGUCGAAGGAGGCACAAUCCUUUACGCCCACCCGAGUUCUCUGAUGUUCAACCGAAAGGCCGACUGGGUCAUCUUCCAUGAAGUCAUGGAUACGGGAAACAAGAUAUUUAUCCGGGACAUAACCAAGAUCGAGAAGAAUUGGCUGCUCGAAUACGCCUCGGACUUCUAUCAACUCAAAUCUUGA